AAACCAACGAUUGUCAUAUACAUAUUGAAUGUUCUGUCAUAACAAAAAGUAGAAUUAAUGUCUACUUUGCUGAAAACACAUUAAAAAAAAUUGUAAAUUGCUCUAUUUGGAACAGAAUUUUCAUUUAUAAUAACUAAUAUUGAAUUAUACAAAAGAAGAUGUCUGGAGAGGUGAUAGUAGACGCACUACCGUACAUUGAUCAAGGAUACGAUGAUCCGGGUGUCAGAGAAGCGGCCUUGGCCAUGGUUGAAGAGGAAUGUCGUAGAUACAGACCCACGAAAAAUUAUCUAGAAAAUGCUGGUCCGGAGCCCAGCACAGCUUUCGAGACAGCAGCUCUACAGAGAGAAAUGGAGCGGGUACAACAACGCCUGCCAAUGGAACCAUUAUCAAUGAAAAGGUAUGAACUUCCCCCUCCUCCUGUUGGUCGUCUCGGUGAGCCCACAGCGUGGGCGGAGGCAGUAGAUAACUCCCACGCCCAGCUGUCCCACCAAGCGACACGCGUCCUGAACCUGGAACUCCAACUACAGUACAGCACUGAGGCAUGGCGGUCAUAUUUACAUGUCCUCCAAGCAUUGGUCGUGAAGUCACAAAAUGUUCAUGCGCAGUUAAGGAAACAAAUAGCAGCGGUGAACUGGGAACGUAAACGGUCACAGACGGCCAGCGGCGCUCGGCUGAGGGCGCUCCGCCGGCGGUGGGCACAGCUCGUAGCAGACAACUACAGGCUAGAGCGAGCCCUGUUGCAACUACAACAACAGAGAGAGAAGGCAAAAGGACAAACUACAGCGGAUGAUGAAACUCCCGAUAUGGAUAUGGAAGCCGUUAAAAAUCUACCCGACAAGCUCAAUUCUGAGACUGAAAAAGAAGUGCAAAAGAAAAUAGAAGACAUGUUUGCUGAUUAAUUACCAAAUAAAUAGAUCAUUUAUACUUUUA